CCAGAGAAGGAGAUGCUUUCUCCACCCUCCUUUCUGCUCUGGGCUCAGUGUUCUCUUAUCAGAUGGUUGUCCAGGCUACAAUGCCUUCCUUCUUCCGUCUCCCAAGGUCAUUCACACAAGUUAAGGCCAACAAAGGGAUGCCGGAUGCCAACAGAUGGAAAAAGCCGGCUUGGGCGAGCACCGAUUGCUGGUGUCAGGCAGACAUUCACCCAGCUGUUGGGGGUGAACCAAGCAGACAGAGGAUGGACCCAGAUAUCUCCUUACUGUUCAAGUGCCCGGCUUUUGGGGGUAUCCCCGAGUCUCACGUCCGAGUAGAACUUUCCCCCCUCUACGACCGGAACUCGCUGCCCACAGAUCAGGUCCAAAUCGACAGCGUCUGGGCAUCCCGUUGCCGGCAGAACCCGUGGCUUUUCGACGGGGCCAAAUUUCGCCUCCACUCCGUCAAGCUGGAUGGGAGCAUUUUGACUUUCCACCUGGGGCUUACCAGCUAUAAGGACUUCGUGGGUACCAACUUGGCAGAGACAGCCAGGCAGCUCCGGGAACAGGGGCACAAGGAUUUUGGGAACAGCCAAGCCUACCUCGCCGAACCCCUGGGUGUGGGCGCCAUGCUGCACACAGCAGACGACAAUUUUGUCUUCCUGCGACGCAGCCUGUGUGUGGGAGAAGCCCCAGGAAAGAUCGAUGUACCUGGAGGACAUCCGGAGCCUCAGGCUGUGUUAGGCAACGACGCUUCGGUGGGAUCCUUGAUUCGACAUCAGGAUCUCCCGGGGGAUCUGGUGGUCAGGGAACUGUUCUCUUCUGUGCUUCGAGAGAUCCAGGAUGAGGUGAACCUUCAGCCAGCCACUCUCAGCAGGCCCGUUUUGCUUGGCAUCGUUCGGAAUGAAACCACGGCGGGCCGGUGCAGCGCCGAAUUCUACGUCAGGUGCAGCCUGACAUCGGAGGAAGUGAAGCGGCGUUAUGCUCUGGGGGGACCAGAAGCUCAAGAAUCCGUCAGCGUCACCUUUCUCAUCAGCCGAGAGGAUGUCCUGUCGAUGGAACAGCAGGGCGAGUGGUGGAGUGAACUCUGCCCAUCAGCCAAAGGGGCCGUGAAGCUUUACACAGAGGUCCUGGGAGCGCAUCAGUAA